UGUGGAGAACAGUGUCCUGGCUUCUACCUGCACAAAUGGAGAUCUGUGUGCACUGCAAGUGUCGUCGUGAAGAGCAUGCAGUGACAGCCAUGCCUGUAGAAAUGGAGAAGACGGUCACCAAGCUGAUGUACGACUUCCAGAGGAACUCGACGUCGGAUGAUGACUCGGGCUGCGCCCUGGAAGAGUACGUCUGGAUACCACCAGGACUAAAACCUGAACAGGUUCAUCUGUACUACAACUCCCUGCCCGAGGACAAGGUGCCCUACGUGAACAGCCCAGGAGAGAAGUACCGCAUCAAACAGCUGCUCCAUCAGCUCCCGCCCCACGACAAUGAGGUACGUUACUGUAACAGCCUGGAUGACGAGGAGAAGCGAGAACUGAAGCUCUUCAGCAACCAAAGGAAACGGGAAAACCUCGGCCGUGGCAAUGUUCGCCCUUUCCCCGUUACGAUGACGGGGGUGAUCUGUGAACAGUGCGGUGGCCAGAUAAAUGGUGGCGACAUCGCUGUGUUUGCAUCCCGAGCGGGGCACGCUGUGUGUUGGCACCCUGCCUGCUUUGUGUGCAGCUUGUGCAAGGAGCUCCUGGUGGACCUCAUCUACUUCUACCAGGACGGGAAGAUUUACUGCGGCCGGCACCACGCUGAGAGGCUGAAGCCUCGCUGUACGGCCUGCGACGAGAUCAUCUUUGCGGAUGAGUGCACGGAGGCAGAGGGCCGUCACUGGCACAUGAAGCACUUCUGCUGUUUUGAGUGUGAGGCGGUGCUGGGGGGUCAGCGUUACAUCAUGAAGGAGGGACGGCCCUACUGCUGCUCCUGCUUUGAGUCUCUCUACGCAGAGUACUGCGACUCCUGUGGGGAGCACAUUGGCAUUGAUCAAGGCCAGAUGACGUAUGAUGGACAACACUGGCACGCCACAGAGGGCUGCUUCUGCUGCGCUCGUUGUAAACGCUCUCUGCUGGGCCGGCCUUUUCUGCCCAAACAGGGUCAGAUUUUCUGCUCCCGCUCCUGCAGUCUGGGAGAAGAGCCCAACGGCUCAGACUCUGCUGACUCUGCCUUCCAAAGCGCUCGCUCCACCAGAGAGUCCAGACACAGCACCAAAACGACAAAAAGCGGAGAGGGAGCAGGUGGGGGGCAGCCUGAGAGGUAUUCAGGAGAAGUGGACCCGCUGUCUUUACAAAUGGACCUUCUUAGUCUCUCCAGCCAAACGGCCAGUUUGACCCGUGAGCCGCCCUCUUGGCAGAAUCAGGAGCACAUGGGUGAUGGUUACGGUUACAAAUCCCAGUCUGACCUAACAGCCAGUCCCACUCCCCUCCAGUUGCUGAGCCAGUGCAAUGUCAGGAGCGCCUAUAACGCCCCCUGCUCUGCACAGAAUAACCAACAGCAGGAACACAGGAUCAAGGAGAACGGUGGUUUGAAACGCCCCCGCAUCUCAGCUACGAAGGGCCACUCUCUGAAUGAGACGUGGUUCCAGCCGGCAGCUCCAGAGGAGUACUACCCCCCCAAACUGAGAACCCAAAAGAGCUUUACCGAGGUGUCCCAUUGCUCCCAGCACCACAAUGGCUUCUCGUCAGACAAGCGCUCCAUUAGUUUCCACGGCUUUCAGAGGGACAGAGAUGGAGGGGCUCCAACAACAGCCCAAGUGGCAAGAAGCAGGAACCCAAUUAAUGCACUUAACUUGACCGAACAGCUGACCCCGCUGGAGCAGACCCCGAGAGGUUCCAUUGAGUCCUUGGCCUUGUCCAACGCCACAGGUAACUCGGCAGAUGGAGGCAAACCUCAGGAGCACCUCUCUCGUUUCUCUAUGCCAGACUUGAGCAAAGACUCUGGAGUGAAUGUGUCAGAGAAAAGUAACAUGGACACCCUCAGCUCUUCUGUGCAGUUUCGUAGCUCUGAGUCCAUUCACAGUUUGAAUGCAGGUCAGUCCUACAUGGAGAUAAACGUCCCCAGGUCCUCUCAGUACCAUGUGCAGUUUUGUGACCCCCCUGCUGUGGGGGUUGGUGUGACUCAUUUACCACCUGGCUUCACCUACCAGGAGGAGGACAGGAUUAGUCUGGUGAGCAGCGCUAAUGCUGCCCGGCUGCCACCCAUUAGCGAGCGCAGAGUGAGCGGCGUCGAGGGGAGGGGAGCAAACGUCCGAGCAGAUGCUCAAGAGGAAACUCCUCAGAGGCGUCGACAUCAUCAUCGCCAGAGAAGAUCCCGUCGCUCUCGGUCGGAAAACGCCCUGAACUUGGUGGCCGAGCGAACGGUUCGACCUCAGGAGAGACCGCAGCUGCGUGUGCGAGAAGACUACGACCGUUUUCCUCCACCGAGGGGUGCCAGGGAACAGUUUGGAGUUGGAGGAGGGGGAAGAUACCAGCCCCAGCUCUUCAGGCAGUGCCCUAGGACCACUUCAGACCUGUGUCUGCAGAACCCUGGGCCCACCAGACGCACCGGCUUGAGCCAGUACUCCUGGGAUGAUUAUUACGACGAUGACUGGUGCUCCACUUGCUCUUCCUCGUCCGAAUCAGAGGAUGAAGGUUACUUCCUGGGUGAGCCCAUCCCCAGGCCCGUCCAGCUGCGCUACCUCAGCAACCAGGAGCUGGUCCAUAAGUUCAACAACACGGGGAACGGGGGACCUAACCGCAGUGGACAGUUGCACACCCGCAAACGCAGAAAAAGCAAGAACUGCAUCAUCUCUUAACAUCUGCACAUUUUCAACAAGCUUGUGUACGCUAACGUCCUCCUCCUUCUUCUUCUUCUUACACUAACGUCCGCCAUUAAGAACAAAAUAACAUUUCAGUGUUCAGUGUUGUUUAAAGGUAAGCUCUGAUUCAGCAAGAAGAGUUUAUUUGUUUUAGUGUUUCAUAUCACCUGAGUGUUAAACGAACAUUUACAGCUGAUGUGCAAUCCCUUUGAGUCUUCAUGUUCUAAAUGUGUACCGCAUCUGUUUGAUCCAGUUUUACAUUUUUAUUUAGUGUGAUCUAUAGAUAGGAGAUUGGAUACUAAUUAAGUUCCUAAUAUGUACAUAGAUAACUUAAUUAAUGAUCUUGCCUAAAUUAAGGAAGUCUGUGUAAAUAAGGUUGUAAAUGAGGCCUCACAUAUUUUUAUAUUUUGUAUGGCUAGAGUAAGUUGCAUAUAAAAAUGUCUAUAAUGUAGAAUUAGAACUUAACAAAAACAAUGUA